AUGGCAUCUGUUUUGGAGGAUCCCACUCUUGAGCGGCAUUUCAAAGGUCAUAAGGAUGCGGUCAUAUGUGCAGACUUCAGUCCUAACAAUAAGCAGCUGGCCACAGGGUCUGCAGACAGGACUUUGAUGGUCUGGAACCUUAAUCCAAAGGCCAGAUCUUUCAGGUAUGUUGGGCACAAAGAUAUCAUUACUGGAGUCCAGUUUUCCCCAGAUGGUGAUCUCGUGGCCUCUUCGUCCAGGGAUAAGACAGUUCGCUUGUGGACACCCAGCAUCAAAGGAGAAUCAACUGUCUUUAAAGCACACACAGCCACGGUUCGAAGUGUAGGCUUCUCUCACGACGGGCAAAGGUUGGUCACCGCCUCGGACGACAAAUCUGUGAAGGUGUGGAGCGUCCACCGGCAGCGGUUCAUCUUUUCCCUCAACCAGCACACUAACUGGGUCCGCUGUGCAAGGUUCUCACCAGAUGGGCGUCUCAUUGCUUCCUGUGGCGACGACCGGACGGUUCGGCUCUGGGACACCUCUACACGGCAGUGCAUCAAUACUUUCACUGAUUAUGGAGGAUCGGCAACGUUUGUCGACUUCAAUUCCAGUGGCACGUGCAUUGCCUCCUCAGGAGCAGAUAAUACAUUAAAAAUAUGGGAUAUUCGCACAAACAAGCUAAUACAGCAUUAUCAAGUUCACAGUGCAGCCGUCAACUGCUUUUCCUUUCACCCAUCUGGCAACUACCUGAUCAGUGGCUCCAGCGACAGCACUGUAAAAAUCCUGGACCUGCUGGAGGGAAGGUUGAUCUAUACUCUCCAUGGCCACAAGGGUCCAGUCCUUGCUGUAGUAUUUUCUCGUGGAGGGGAUCUUUUCGCCUCUGCUGGUUCAGAUUCUCAGGUUCUGAUGUGGAAGACCAACUUUGACUCAAUGAACUUCAGAGAGGUUCUGAGCAGGCACCGUCAGCGGGUCAGUCCGGACCCUCCCCCACACCUGACUGACAUUUACCCGCGGACCCCUCACCUUCACUCAUCCCAGAACGGCGCCGUAGAGAUUAAUCCCACUGUUGCGGACACGCAGUCUCCUGAACCCCGCGUGGUGGAAUGGCAGCUAGACAAGACAGCCGAGCUGAAACGGAAGGGCCAUCACGACCUGGUGUGUUCUCUGUAUUGUCCCAGGGAUUCUUCCCGCGUCAGUUUGCCCCCCUCCCACAGACACGCCAGCAUCAGCGCUGUCACCAGAGUUACACAAGAGUUACUCGAGCCUGAGAGCUGUUACACCAGUGGCAGUGCUGCUGUGUGGGGCCUUUAUCAGAGGUCAGGCAGAGAUCUGGGUUCUGUCAUCCUCCAGCCAAACUCCCCUCCUCCUCCUGCUCCUCUUGUGGAGCGCUCUCAAGGGUAUGCAGUGGCCUGGAGAGAGGCACAGCUGAAAAUAUACUGA